UUAUUUUGUGAUAAUAUGUGAUCAAGUGUCGUCGUUUGCUUUUAGCAUUUAUGGCAUCGCUUUCUCAGGUCGUAUGUUUUGUCUUUCUCUCACUCACAGUGGAUCAUCAACGUGUUUGCUCUUCUGUCUCAUUCUAGUAAUACAACACCGUUGUGCUUACUCGUGUCACGUAAGAAUUUUUUUAUAGUCACUAUCCAAAAUGCGUGAAAAUUAUUGAAGUUUUGUAACUGUAUCUUCAUUACAGAUUAAUUCAAAUGUUACGAGUUGACUGCAUAAGCUGCUCCCAAGGAUCUGCCGAGCCCUCUUUAUCUGUGAUAUACAGCUCAGCCUCUCGUCCGUCCUAUAAGGGCUGGGCAACUCUGGGCUAGAGGCAAGUCUGCAGCAGCUUCCAGUGGUGAUCUCACCCUGCCCUCUGCCAUAGAGGCAUUAAACACUGCUACCUGCUUUAUUGACUGCAUCACUACGAACCAUUGUUACUUAGUCUAUAAUUGAAACAAUAUGCAAUCUGUGAAAAUAAGUAUAAUGCUAGGUGGAUAUUGUAGAAAAUUAUUCUAUUAAGGGUAUUUAAUUGUCUGAUGUCUAAUGUUUCUGUAAUAUUAUGUGUUCCACAUCUAAUUAAGGAUAAUUGUUACUCCAUUAUUGAUACUGUUACCGAACCAAUGCAAUGUAAUUACUCCACCUCAAUGUUGGUGGUGAACACAAAUAAAUUUGGUGCUUAUAAGCGAGUCGAGAAUGAGAGUCAGCGACUUAGUGUAAAAAUGGUAGAUAAUAAUAUUUAUAACAUAGAAUUUGUUGAUAGUAUCCAACAAAACCAAAUGAUUGGCGAAACGCCUAACUACUGCAUUCCUUUAACGAUUAACGCCAUAACAGUCCAGGGUAUCUCAUACAGUGACCCGUAUUUCAGUAGCUUUAACUUAAACUAUAAGAUGGCGUGUGGAGCGCCAGAGUAUAUGAACAAGUCUGAUUACGCUUUUAAAUCCUCAGUUUAUAUUAUACGCAAUGAGCCUUGCAAGACGCAACUACUGAACGAAACGUCUGCUCAUGAUAUGCUAUGCAAAACGAAUACUACUCGAAUGUUAACCGAUGAUGACAAGUCCGAAAGAACACACCAUGACAAUAAUGUGGAAGAGAUGAGCAAAGAGGUGAAGUCUUUGACGACUUUCGCGAACGGUGAUCUCAAGAUAGACGCAAUGUUAGAGCUCGUGAGAGAGGAGGGGCGGGUGCUGCGGGCCAUGGGCGGCGCGGCGCUGGACGGCUGGGGAUCCCCGCGCCUGCGCCUCUGCGGCGGCGGGGAGAGCUCGCUCAACGCCGCCACCGGCUGGGGCAGCCCGCCCGCCAACAACAACAAUGCUGGCAACUGGGGCGGUGGCUCUAGUGCCCAAAGUAAUAACGGAUCGAACAAUCCGCAGCAACAGUGGAACAAUACGGCGCAGCGACCGCCUACUUCCCAACCGGACAACGUGAACAACCCGACUAACGGAAAUGGAGGCAACUCUCCUAACGGUGCCCCGACGAACGGGCCGUCUCCCGGAAACGGAAACAACGGGAACAACACCACAUCCUCGGCCAAGAUCGAGCAACUCAACUCCAUGCGCGAGGCGCUGUUCAGCCAGGACGGCUGGGGCGGCCAACAUGUGAACCAGGAUACGAACUGGGACGUGCCCGGCUCGCCCGAGCCCGGCGCGAAGGUGGAGCCCACCGCCGCUGGCGCCCCGCCAGCUUGGAAGCCCAGCGUCAACAACGGCGCAUUCCUAGGCACCGACCUCUGGGAGGCGAACCUGCGCAACGGCGGGCAGCCGCCGCCGCAGCCGGCCACCAAGACGCCGUGGGGGCACACGCCCACCACCAACAUCGGCGGCACGUGGGGCGAGGACGACGACGCGGGCGACUCCGCCAACGUGUGGACCGGCCCGCCGCCGCCGCAGCAGUGGGGUGGCGCGCCCCCGCAGCACGCGCAGCAGUGGCGCGUGCCCAAGAAGGACGACUGGAACGCGUGGGGGGAGCCCCCGCGCGGCGGCGACCUGCACCUGGAGGGCCGCGGGCCCGACCCGCGCGCGCCCAGCGCCGACCCGCGCCACGACCUGCGCGGAGGCAUCUCCGGCCGCCUCAACGGGGACAUGUGGAACCAGCACCACAACACGCAGCACGCGCCGCCCAGCAAGAUGAUGCCGGCCGCCGGCGUCAACCAGUGGGGCGCACAGGGCCCAAAGGACUCAAUGAAAGGAUCAGGAUGGGAGGAGCCAUCUCCGCCGGUAGCUCGCCGCGCACCCGGAGGCUUCGACGACGGCACAUCCGUGUGGGCCGGUCGUGGAGCCCUGGGCGGCAUGGCACGCCCGCCGCCCGGCCCGCCCGCCCCGCGCCCGCCCGCGCCCAACAAGCCCGACGCGGUCUGGGGCGCCCACGGACAGAGGAACGGAUCCUGGGAGGAGCCGCACACGCCGGCCUGGCCCGAGCGCGACGUGCCCGCCUGGCCCGACGCGGCCGGCCCCGCGCUGUGGCCGAAGCCCAACAAGCCGGCCGGCCCUGGUGGCUGGCCCGACGAUAUCGGCGAAUGGGGUGGACCUAAGCCCCCGCAAGGCGGUUCGAUCGGCAAGCAGAUUCCGAAAGAAAUGCUGUGGAACAGCAAGCAAUUCCGUUUCCUGAUCGAGAUGGGUUACAAGAAGGAGGAGGCGGAGGCGGCGCUGCGCAGCCGCGACAUGAACGCCGAGGAGGCUCUAGAGCUGCUGGCAGCGGCGCGCGGGGACGCGUGGCGGCGCGACGAGCACUACGCGCACCAGGCCUUCCCGCCGCCCGCCGCGCCCGCCGCCGCCGCCGCCGUGCAGAAGCUGCUCAACCAGCCGCCGCCGCCCAACAUGCAGCAUCACCACUCCUACAACCCCAACAGUGGCACCGGCAACAGCGGGCAGCCGAGCACGGCGCAGCUGCGCAUGCUGGUGCAGCAGAUCCAGAUGGCGGUGUCGGCCGGCUACCUCAACCACCAGAUCCUCAACCAGCCGCUGGCGCCGCAGACCCUCGUGCUGCUCAACCAGCUCUUGCAACAGAUCAAAGUCUUGCAACAACUCGUGCAACAGAACUCUCUCUCGAAGCCCAACUCCCCAUUGGCACUGCAAUGCACCGUGUCCAUCGCCAAGGCUAAACAGCAGAUUACUGCUCUUCAGAACCAAAUCGCGACGCAGCAAGCGUUGUACAUGAAGCAGCAGUCGGGAGGCAACGAGCUGUACAAACAGAACCACGACAUGCUGGCCCAGCUGCCCAGCAACUUCGGAGACAUGAGCAUCUCCAAGGACCCGCCGACGCCAUACGGCGCAAGCGGCAACCAGCAGUCGCGCCUGAACCAGUGGAAGCUGCCGUCGCUGGACAAGGACGGCGAGGGCUCGGAGUUCAGCCGCGCGCCCGGCACCGCCAAGACCACCAGCCCGCAGCUCAACCAGCUGGGGCUGCAGCCUGACUCCACAUGGGGCGUAGGCCGCGGCAGCGAGGGCUGGGGCGACAGCAGCGCCGACGUGGCGGACGGCAAGGACGCGUGGCCGUCGCACCCGCACCAGCCCGUCUACGACCUGGUGCCCGAGUUCGAGCCUGGCAAGCCCUGGAAGGGUAAUCAGAUGAAGUCAGUGGAGGACGACCCGGCCAUGACCCCGGGCUCGGUGGGCCGCUCGCCGCUGUCGCUCGGCAUCAAGGAUUCGGACAUGCUCGGCGGCAAGACGUCGCCACCCGCCGGCAGCGUGGGCAGCCUGUCGUCGUCCACGUGGAGCUACGCGCCGCCCGCCUCCACGCCCGGCGCGCUGGGCAAGCCGCCCGCCGACGCGUGGGGUGGCAAGGCGCGCACGCAGCCGCCGCCCGGCCUCAACAAGGCCUGGCCGCAGCACCACAACUCGCAGCAGCGCUCGGUGCCCACUUGGCAGGCCUCCACUUGGCUCCUGCUCAAGAAUCUGACAGCACAGAUCGACGGGUCGACCCUGAAGACUCUGUGCCUGCAGCACGGGCCUCUGCAGAACUUCCACUUAUACUUGAACCAGGGCAUCGCCCUCGCGCGCUACUCCACCCGCGAGGAGGCCGCCAAGGCCCAGAUGGCCCUGAACAACUGUGUGCUGAGCAACACGACGAUCUUCGCGGAGUCGCCGGCCGAGUCGGACGUGCAGAUGAUCCUGCAGCACCUGGGCUCGGGCGGCGGCGGCGCGUGGCGCGGCGGCGGCGGCGGUGGCGGCGGCGGCGGCAAGGACGCCUGGGGCGGCUUCCUGUGGCCCGAGCAGCACGAGCAGCGCGCCACGCCCUCCUCCCUCAACUCGUUCCUCCCCCCCGACCUGCUCGGCGGGGAGUCCAUCUGAACCAGCCCCUAGUCACCGUAGUAAGUGUUCGCACCGCGGGCCCGGUCACACCCCGCUCUCACCAAAUAUCGGCGCGUCGCGGGCUAUACCUCAGUCACGACCCGUGGCCUUAUGUUAGUCUGUAUAUUUAUUUUUUUGUUGUCGGGCUGUUGCUGUUUCGCCCGCCGACCCUGUUGCGUUUGCGUUCCGUUUCUUUUGAGUGUUUGUUUUUUUCUUGCGUCGUUUUUUUUACACAUACUUACUUACUGAUCGUAUUUAAUUAUUUAUUUUUGAUUUUAAAAAUUCUCACGUUCGAUGAGCCUUCGUUUUCCAUUAGUGAUAUUUUUAUUCAGCAAUAAAUGAAUAAGUGCAUUUUGCCGACUAACAAAUGUUUUAUAAUUAGUUUGUAAUUUUUUUUAUAAAUGAUAACAAAAAUUUGGAAAUUAUGAGAUUUGAAGUGCAUUCUUGUAGUGGUAAAUUCCUUUUAAGCUGUAUAGUCUGAGAUGGAAAUCACUAUAUAUAUAUUUAUUAUAGGAGCGUAUAGAUUGCGGGCCGCGCCUGUCGCUCGCGCGGCCCCGCGAUCCGGUAAUCCUGUGAUGUAAAGUAUCUUGCCUAAUAUAAGGAUAAUCUAUUUUGUUGGAGAGUAUCAGAUAGAUCCAGCGGUCGAUAGAGGCCGAUGCUACUAUUUCCCCAAAUUUUUUCCAGUAUUUGUGAUUCAAGUGCCACUUUAUGUUUAAUAUAUGAAACAAUUAUCUAGAUUAUACGAUUAAUGUAAGGGUAACCUAAUAUAUUAAAUUGAAAAUUGUUUUAUCAUUUUAUAUUACAUACAUUUGUGAGAAGUGUUAUAAAAAGUACUAUAAUUGACAGUAAUUUAAAAAUAUUACACUUUUGUGUAUAGGUAAGAAUAAAGUUCUAACUUAAAUUUAGCCAUAUCAAUAUCUAUUUAAUAAAAGAUUUGUGGUAUUUUCUAUAGGCUCAAUUUGAACGUUAUUCAAAGUGACAUAUGCUUUAGAUAUUCUGUUAACAAUAUACUUGUAGUCGUAGGUUUCUCGGUAUUACAUCAUGUAGGUUAAGUUAACGUUUAAGUCCUAUCGUAGGUUUUAGUAAGCGUAAUAUUGAUAUUUUAUGGCAACGAUCGCAUGUGUAAAUGUUUGUUAUGAUAAAGUUUAUUUACAUUUUUAUUUACUUUUUAUUUAUUAAUGGUGUGCCACAGAGAUACUCUGCCAAAAUAUAUCAUUACCAAUACGUUACAGGAUAAGACAUAGAGUGGCAGUAGCCCGCCCCGCGCGGCGCCGCCGAGACUCACGCCCGCGACUUACUAUAAUGUACAUUUUCUCAUGUAUUUCGAGCAUCUUCCAGUGAUCUUACGAUUAAACAUAACGAUAGUAGUGCUAAGUUAGGUGUAAGUAAUCACUGUACCUUGUCGAGCUGCCCGCUCAAAAACUCUUCACAAAUUAUACAAUUAAGUUAGGUAAUCGCGAUGUUGUGUCUAAUGAAAGUAUUCGUGCAUUAAUGAACCGUUUGAUCGCUUCAGACCCGUAGAUGUCCUAGUGUUAAUGUGUCGAUGUGUGUUCAUACGCCGCGAGUGUAGCAUUUCUCAUUACUUAAACUUGAAGUUAGCGUAAGAGCCGUGGGAACCUCCUUCGCAGUUUCCGUUGCCGCUUCUUACUCGACCGUUUUAACAAAUAACAAUGCGUUUUUGGUGCGGAUUUUUUAUUCGUAUUCUUUUACUGACAGUACAAUUAAUGUAACACCAAUAAUAUGUUUAGUGUAAAGUGUGUAUAAAAGCCCAUAUAUUUUUAACUAAAUUAAUAAAAUACACAUGGGCUGUUUUCUAAAAUUCUGUGAAAAGUAUCAAAGAUUUUGAGACAUAACAAAUAGCUUUUCUUUCGCCUUCAAUGGGGCCAAUUGAUUGUCAUGACAUUCAUAAGUUUUAGGUGCCAAAGAGUGAGUAUCAAAGAUAUAUAGUGGUGUCUGGAACAAUUUAUAAUAUUUGUUCAAAUUGAUAAAUCUUCCAAAUCAUAUAUAAAAUGGUAUUAUAAUUUUGGUACGGGUUAUUGAUCUGAUGUUCCUAUGUUUCUCAGGCGCGAGCAAUACUCAAUGCCGCGCGAUAACUUUUCAGGUUGUAAAUUCCAAUUUUGAAAGCUCAAUUCAAUAAGGGUAUUAUUUUCGAUUCUUGGUAUGAAGCCUUCAUUAGUAGGUUACUUCUGUCCGUGUCUUCAUGUUAAUAUUGUAAUGUAACGUAUAAAAUAAUAUCGCCUCGAGUCACAAUAGCAAUACUGGUGCAGAAAAUUAUGUAUUUUCAUGUUAAAGUACAGUAAAAUAAUUACGAGAGUUAAUUUUUAUACGAAUAUUAAAUUUUCAAUUAGACAAGCAGAAGUAAAUGUUCCAGUGCCCCGUAGAAUACGUCGUCCAUAGUAUAAAGACGAAAGAAGUCAUGCCUUGAAAUUUAGUCAGUUUAAAAGUGAACAGUACUUAAUAAUGUUUAUGAAGAGACGUAGUCGGGCGCGGCCCGGCCCGCCGCCGCCGCCGCGCCGCACGCUAAGUGCAAUUUAGUCUGUGUUAUUGUAAGUUGUUGUGUAUUUAUAUCUCAUUCUAUACUGUAAUAUGUGUAUAUUGUGAAAUUAUAUUCUUAAAGAUUUAAUACGCUUCACGCUUUCACUUUUAACAUUACGUGACUUGUUUCUGUUAUUUAGAAUAAAUUUACGUACCUAAAGUUAUAAUAAUAAUAAUUAUCAUAAAGAAGUAAAUUUUAGGAAUAUAUAAAAAAAAAACAAAAAAAACUUAAAAAACGUAAAAAAAACAAAAAAAAAGUAAAGCAUAAAUAAACCAAUGAUUGUGCCUCAAUGAACUGUGGUACGUUACCGUAACCGAUGGCAGGUGUAAUCGUUCCCUUCUAAAUUGUAAUAUAGUGGAGUUAGUGCUAGGCACUGAGACUAGCACUGUAGCGUAGCGCAGUCUGGAGACAAUACCGGGCUGCUGCGGGCACCCCCCGACUACUGUAAUCAUUAAUGAGCUUAGCUAUCUUCUUUUAACGUAAGUGUUAUGUCAUCAAUCAACAUUUUAUAUAUAUACAUAAUUACCUAACUGUAAAUAAUUUUAUGUAUUUUAUAAUUUGGAUUUCAUGAAGUUUACCGAAUGAAUAUUUAACUUUUUUAUAUUGAAUUGCCGUAUUGUCAACUGCCCGUAUAUAUUUUGUAUUCACGUAAUAAUCGAUUGCGCUACUGAAUUAUAAUUUUGUAUUCCAUUACACCUCAAUGCCAAAGUAGACGUCUGCCGGUACCUCGACGUACAAAGAGCCCCGAGCCCCAAGCUGCUCCGCUUUAUAGCUCAAGUGUUCACUUAUUACUUGCUCAUUAUAUUGUUGUUAGUUUUAAUUUUUAAACACAUUAAGACGCGUGAAAUUCUAAACUAAAUUAAAACCCUUAUUUAUAGUAAAGCUUUCUAAACGGACCAUUUCUUGCGACGCGAUCUGCCACCGGAAAUUCAAGGCAUCUAGACGCGACACUGGCGAUGCGAGCAUUGCAGAUAGUGAUCGAUCUUGUGUAAUGCAUGUUUGGCACGGCUUGGACAAUUUGUUGGCAACGCCGUAGUCCCGCACUACCCUCGCUUGUACUCCCGGAUUGUACUCACAUAGGGACCAACUCUUCAGUCGCAUGUCAUUUCUCCACCGGAUGCAGAUUCGUACUAAAAGACAUUCUCUUUAAGUUCGCCAAUUAAAAAAUCUCUCUCAAAUAUAACGAAGUAAACUUAUGAUAAAUGUAAAUUAGUGAUAGUGUACAAUAUUAUUGAGGGCCUUUUUAUUUUAAUAAGGUUAAUGUUUUGCUUGUUGUCUUUAUUUAUAUAUAUUUUUGUACGUUAUAUCGACGUUGACGUCCUACAUAGAAGCACAUUAGGUGAUAUCAACAAAAACUAGUCUUCCUAUGGAGUGGGCUGCAGCACAAGAGGCAAGGAUCCCUCUAGUCUUGUUACGUGGUGCGUUUGAGAAUACCAAAUAUAAAUUAACGAAGGCUUUCGAUACAUGUAGUGUACGGUAGACUAAAGAUUGGCCGAGCAGCUUG